CUGGUUACGGCCCAUCUCUAGUUUCUGAUACUCGUAAAAAAUUGUAAAUUUUGUUUACAUUUUAAGAAUUAGAAGAAAAAGAAGCAAUGAGAUUGAGAUUGCGACUGCAAUAACUUACUGUGAAACAAAGCAGCAGAGACAAAUCGGAAGGGGAACGGUCAGUUUUUCAAUGUUGCGUCUUUGAGUUAGCCAGCCCAGGGGAGCCAAUGUCUCGGCAACAUCAGCAACCAAAACAACGACGACGACGACCAAGGUACAAGCUGUUCAAUGCAAACAGUUUGUAGCAGCACAAAGAGCUGAGUCAGAGUUUGAGUGCAGGCAGGCAACUGUGUCCACGUGCGCCGCGCAGACCGAAGAAACAGGGUGGCAGGUGACCUCAUAGUCAGGCUUGCAGUACGACGUUGACACGCUGGACGAGAUUCAGGCUGAUACGCUUGGCUGGCAGUUAGUUUGCAUGCUAGGAAAGUGAAAGAGAGAUUUGUCUUUCGUUGUCCUCUUCUUUUGUUAAUUGAACUUAGAUCAUCAACGUGCACUGCCAUUAACUAUAAAAAGUAUAAAAACACAUAUUUAAAAAUAUUGUAAUUAGUAUAUAAAAACUUAACGAGUGUAACGACUACGGUUACAACAAAAUGUCCAACUCCCACUACAACAACCACCAGCAACACCAGAACAACUACCAACAGCAUCAGCAGCAGCCGCACCAUUCCAAGAGCAAUGGUGACGAUCGGCAUGGCGACUACGGCCACCAGCAGCAGCAUCAAGUGCUGCACCAUCAGCAACGCUAUUUAAAUGGCCACAGCUUGAAGCCAUUGGAUCGUGUCGCCGUGCCGGACAUGUGUCUUUUCUGCUUCGAGGUGCUUGACUGUGAGCUCAACAACAUCGACGGGCCGGGCGUGCCUAUGUUUAGUAAUGAUGCCUACCCCUUGUUCGUCACCUGGAAGAUUGGACGCGACAAGCGGCUGCGUGGGUGCAUUGGCACCUUCAGUGCCAUGCAGUUGCAUAACGGACUGCGCGAAUAUGCGCUAACCAGCGCCUUUAAAGACUCUCGCUUCGCACCCAUUUCGCGUGACGAACUGCCGCGACUGACCGUCUCUGUGUCCAUUCUGCAGAACUUUGAGGAGGCACAAGGUCAUCUGGAUUGGCAGCUCGGGGUGCAUGGCAUACGCAUUGAGUUUCUUACGGAGCGUGGCUGCAAACGCACAGCCACCUACCUGCCGCAGGUGGCCACCGAACAGGGCUGGGAUCAGACGCAAACUAUUGACUCAUUGCUACGCAAGGGCGGCUACCGAGCAGCUAUAACUCAGGAGUUACGCAAGUCCAUCAAGCUAACGCGCUAUCGCUCACAGGAGAUUCAAAUGCAUUACAAGGAGUACCGCGAGCAACUGGAGCGACGCAGUGCUCAAUUUGGCAAGGUGCAGUGCUAACAAUUAGACAAACCGGAGGUGGAGCACCAAUGAUCGUCCUGGCUCAAGGCGGGCAUAGUGCUCGUCGUGCUCCUCCUACUGCUAGCCAUUGAAUUUAGCCAGGGUGACGCGGAUCGUGACAACGGUAUUUCGGAUACUUUACCCUAUGCUUGAAUUAAGACGGACAUCCGUGUUGUUCGCUUCUUAAAAUAUUUGAAGUUAAUCAGCUCUUUAUUUUCUUUUUUCACCCAUUUUGUUGUCGUUUUAAGCUUGAAGGCUGCGACUGUGUUAGGUAGAAAGUGGCAUCAAUUUAACACAAUUUCUUUUAUACAAACAUGCAUAUUUGCUUAUUAUACUAGUAUAAACGUCGUUGAGCAAUCAAAUCAAUUAGAAAUAAUUUACAAAAACAAAAAAUUAGUUACCUUUUAAGUUAAACAUUUUCUCAAAUUCUUUUUUAUCGUACCCCCAAUUGCUGGUUUCUACUGUUAAACCAUAUACUUGCUAUAUAUAAAAACCUAAAAAUAAUAAAAAUGAAAACGAAGCAAAAACUUAAAAAUACACAAAUUCAAGUUUAAC